UGAAUGAGAAUGAGACUACUGGAUGUAGAUUCGGGUAUUUAUUACACUUCAAAGACAAAACGAACCAGAAAGAGACUUUGCUUCUGCUUUUCUUUUUAAGUGAAGAGUUGCGCUGGCACAACUGUAUCCCGGCACCAUAUCCGCCAUUUAUUCAUUUUUCUUUUUAACUUCCGACCGAAAGCCCUCGCCGAGUCGGCCAUUUUGUCGAGUAAAGUGGAAAAGCCGGGCCGGGGCAUAAUCUAAGAUUCCAGUCCUUUAAAUACUUCCAACAAUGGAAGAUAGGCCACAGCGAGGUGGUGUUGGUGGCGGGUUUCGAGGUCGAGGCGGGCCACCUGGACGUGGUGGGCCCCCUCGAGGACGAGGCGGGUUUGAUGGUGGUAUGAGAGGAAGGGGAGGACCAGGCAUGAUGCGAGGUGGUCCGCCAGGCAGGGGAGGACCUCCACGAGGUAUGGGAAUGGGUCGUGGUGCCCCUCCAGAGAGAGGUGGAUUCGUUCCCAGAGGAAUGGGAGGUCCACGAGGAAGAGGUGGAGAGUUUGUACCCCGUGGUGCUGGUGGAGACCGAGGCACAUUCAGAGGUGGCCGAGGGCGUGGUGGCUUUGAGCCCAGGGGUCGAGGGGGCUUUGAACCCAGGGGGCGUGGAGGCUUUGAACCUAGGGGGCGAGGAGGCUUUGAACCCAGGGGGCGAGGAGGCUUUGAACCCAGGGGGCGUGGAGGUUUUGAGCCUAGGGGAAGAGGCGGCUUUGAAGGCCGUGGAAGAGGAGGUGGCUUUGAGGGCCGAGGCCGUGGUGGAUUUGAUAGGGGAGGACGAGGAGCCUCAUCAGCUCCAAGUGACCGGUUUGGAGGUGCUCCUCCAAAACGCAUGGGAGGCCCCCCUGUGAAUGAUGAUUCUGCACCCAAGCGAGGUCGCUAUGAUGGAUCUCAAGGAAGCAAUGGCUAUGGUGCUCCAUCAAGCCAAUUUUCCUCUAAUCAGUAUGACAAUCAAGGAUUUGAUGCAUCAUCCCAUAGUAAUGCUGGCACUGCUUAUGGGGGUGCUCCUCCUAACCAGAGCUACAACACACACCAAACAUACAACUCUGGUGGUUCCAGUGGGGGUUACCCAGCACAGUCCUAUGGUUCAGACCCACCAGUAGCUGCUGCAGGCGGCUAUGGAAGCGGUGGUGGUAAUCCCAACUACAGUGCUCCAGCAACUGGUUACAAUGAAGAAUAUUCUUCAGGAUAUCCCUCUGCUCCUGCAGACAACAGGCCUAAUUACAGUGCCCCUCAACCUUACUCACAGACGGAAUCAUACCCUAGCUAUAAUAAGCCUGCAGCACAAGAUGACUAUUCCUCUGGAGGGUACGGGAAUGCUCCCUCUGGAAACUACCCAGCUGCUGCCCCCACUUAUGAUGAUAGAGGGUAUUCUAAUUCUGGUUCUUAUGACUCGCCGAGUUAUGGGUCCAACACCUACAACAAACCUUAUGGCGGCAGCUCAGCUAGCUAUGGGCAGAACCGAGAUUAUCAAGCACAGCGACGCUACUAAAACAUAAAUCAAAAAUUGAAACUGCUAAUCUUAUCAGGCUAUAUCUCAAAUUUUAAUCUAUUGAUUGAUAUUGAAAAUAUCAUAUUUACUUCAUAAAUUAUUGUGCUCUCAAAUAUUAUUAGGAAGUCCCUUGUUAAUAAUUUGACGUUUUGACGAAUACUUAGCGUAGGAAUGAUGCUGUGAUGGUUGAAGCAUCUCUCAUAUGAAAACUGUACAUAAUUCUUCAUGUCAUUGUUUUGAAGAAAAGAUUAUAAGUUAUCUAAGAAUCGUAAUCAUCUCAUUUCAAUUUUUAUUUUGUAUUUGUCAAAGAAAACGCAUGUACAUUCCAUCAUGGUUUUCUUUUUGUUGUGAAAUUAAGUGAAGAAUAGUUUAGGGCUAUAUUCACAACUACCUUAACACUCGAUCUGUUACUUCAAUGGGAAGAUUUUAUUUAAGUGUGCAAUUUAAAGCUAAACUUUAAUAAAAGCUUGUAGUAAUUGAUCUACACAAUA